AUGCCAGUAUUCUACGAUGUGGAUCCUUCUGAUGUACGAAAGCAAAGGGGCCAUGCAAGGUCAGAAGAUGUUCUCCAAAUAGGGAUAUGGGGGAUGAAUGGAAUAGAGGAUUCUGAGACAAAUGGUCUAGUCAGUCUACAAAAAAGCCUUUCCAAGAGCCUUUUGAAUAGAGAUACAGAAGAUGGGGGCAUUCAUGAAAAAGCCCUAAUGAAUAAGUUAAGCCAAAAGAAGGUUCUUCUCAUUCUCGAUGAUGUGGACCAUAUAAGUCAGUUAGAUAAAUUAUGUGGAAAUCAAGAUUGGUUUGGUCCGGGGAGCAGAAUCAUUAUUACAACUGUAAAUGAACAACUGCUAAUUGCAAAUGGUGUGGAAAGAAGAUUUAAAGUGCAGGAGUUAAAUGAAGAUGAUGCUCUUCAACUUUUUAGCUGGAGAGCCUUUAAAAGAGAUUAUCCAGAUAAAAAAUUUACAGAUCUGUCAAUAAGUUUCUUGAAUUAUGCCAAGGGACUCCCAUUAGCUCUUAAAGUGCUGGGAUCAUUUUUGUAUAAAAGAGGUCAAGAUUCAUGGAGCAGAGCAUUGUGCAAACUGAAGGAGGUUUACAAGGGAGAUGUUAUGGAUACCCUUAAAAUAAGUUAUGAUGGAUUAGACGAACAGGAAAAAAAUGUUUUCGUUGAUAUCGCAUGCUUCUUUAAAGGAAAGUGCAAAGAUCAAGUAGUUGAAAUGCUAGACAAUAUGGGCUUUUGUUCGUGUAGUGUUAUGGAUGUUCUCAUUGAGAAGUCUCUGUUGACAAUCUCAGAUAACAAGGUUUGGAUGCAUGAUUUGUUACAAGAUAUGGGAUGGGAAAUUGUUCGUCAACAAGCUACAGAACCUGGCAAACGCAGCAGGUUGUGGCAUUCUAGGGACAUGUUUCAUGUAUUGACCAAUGAUUCGGGGACCACGGCAAUUCAUGGCACGUCCCUGGACUUGCCUGAAUCUAAAGAGGCACAGUGGGAUUUCAGAGCCUUUUCUCAGCUGAUUAAUCUUAGUUUCCUUGAGAUUCGUGAUCCCCAAGGCCUCGACUGUUUUUCUAAUUCCUGGGGGUUUCUUGAAUUGAGUGAACAUCCUUUAAAAUCUCUCCCAACAGGUUUCCAGCCGGAGAACAUUUCUGAACUCAGCAUGCAUGAUUGUAGCAUUCAACUGCUUUGUAAUGGAAAACAGAAAUCCCGGAUCUUACAAGCGUCCCAAAUCUUGAGAGAUUAUGUUUUAAGGGAUGAAAACGUCUAG